CGGACCAAGUGGAUUUAAGUGUAUUCAAGUGGAUUAAGGGAUUGAAGGACAAGUGUUUACCGGUGUUUAUGAAACCAGGAAUGGCUUCUCUCCAGGAUGAAUCUGAUAUGAUAAAAAAGACAGCUGUGGUCUUAGAAGAGGAAUUUGUUUUGAGAGGGAAAGAAACAGAUGAAGUGUUCUUGCCAACUCUACACAUUGAUCCAGGUCCAGAGCUGCGUCGAGAAAUCUUUUUUACCAAAAAAAUGACACCAGACGAUAUUAAAGAGAUGUUGAAGAAAACCUUCCCUAUUCUUGCUGACACUGAAAGAUUUUAUUGUGCAAAAGCGGUAUUUUUGAAAGAAAAACUGUACUCCCAGGAAGAGCGCCAAAAAAAACUGGACUUCUGUGGAGAGCGCCGUAUUUGGAGUGGAAAAGUCCUAAACAAAGAGAUAAGGAAAAACAGUUUAUUGUACAUCUGCUGUGAGGUCAGAGCCAUUCCUGUAUUUAGUCACUAGAGAUAUCUUCUAUCUCUGCCAUUUUGAGGUUCUACCAGGGCCAGUUUCCUCUCCUUUAAAGAGAGGCUGCUGACUGAUCAAUCACGGGCUAAGUAUUAU